AUGGAGGAGGCAGGGGCCGUGCCCGGCGGUGGUUUAGGGGAACGCCGCCACGGCGCGCCCGGCAGCAGGCACGAGGGGGCCGCGGCGGUGGCCUCGGAGGCGGCGGGGCACGAGGGAGCUGCGGCGGUCGCGACCGAUCCACGAGGGCCCCCGAUAGGCAUGCAACAGGAAGGAGAUAGGGAGCAAGGGGUGCGCGGGGUGCCGGCGGCCGCAGGCAAUAAGAAGGAGACAGGGAACAAGGGGCGCGCGGGGUGCCAGCGGCUGCAGGAAGGCGGCGGGGCGCGUGCGGUUCUUGCGGGCAGCGGCGGCGGGGGUUAG